UCUUCCGAGAACGUACCCGCAUAGUGUGACGUCAUUUUGCAUUUCCAUAUGAGCCCGAGAGGUCCUUGAGCUUCACUACCGUUUUGCCCGGCCACAGUCUUCGUGCAUCGUCCAGGGGAACGAGCAAACUCCCGACAUGAUAGCCCUAAGUUUUUACGUCAGCCUCGUCGUCAGCAUGGUUUCUGCGUUCGACAGUUUCGACAACUAUCAUCCUGUCGUCGGGCCAGAAACGCAUGAAAUCUUCGCCCUCAAAAAGGACAAGACUACCAGAGAGACAGAAGCAACAAUACAUGUUCUUCGUGAAGUGCGUCCCCUGGUGCACGAAGUUCACGUCCAACUUGAGGAGAGCCGUGGAUUGGAAUCCAAUCUGAGUUUGGCAGAAGAGCUACUGACGACAGAGAUCAAAAAGACAAAGAAACUAGAGGUUCGCAGACGACUCGAGGGUCAAAGACGUCACGUGCGCACCACGCUCGUCAAGACACGCAAGACUAAUUCCCAGUUGACCCUGAGGCUGCGGCAGAUCCUAACGCUGAUCAGCAACGGCAAGAUCGGCACCGUGCAGUUGGCCAGCAAGACCCUGCGUGACUUCGUGCAGACGCUGAAGGUCACCUUGAAGAGCCUCGUCGACGAGGCCGCGAAUGUCUUAACGGGAGUCACGAAACUCCUGGAGAACAUGCUGGUCACCGGAGAACUCAUUGUCAGCGACAUGAUCAAGGACGUCGCUCUUCAGCCGUUUGAAUUUGCCCUCAAUGUCCUUGGUGACGUCAGGGAGCAGUAGAUGUAUUGCCGUCGUGUCGGUGCUGAAUAAAGUUUCGUCUGGGCAGCUGAGAAACGCCAUAAAAA